AUGAUACUUUCUGUUUUGUCGAGCCCUACUUUGGUAUCUGGUUUGAUGGUUGUACGUGCUAAAAAUCCGGUACAUUCCGUUUUGUUUCCCAUCCUAGUCUUUUGCGACACUUCUAGUUUACUUAUUUUGUUAGGUCUCGACUUCUCCGCUAUGAUCUCCCCAGUAGUUCAGAUAGGAUCUAUUGCCAUUUCAUUCCUAUUCAUGGUUAUGAUGUUCAAUAUUCAAAUAUCGGAGAUUCACGAAGAAGUAUUGCGCUAUUUACCAGUGAGUGGUAUUAUUCGAUUGAUCUUUUGGUGGGAAAUGUUCUUCAUUUUAGAUAAUGAAACCAUUCCAUUACUACCAACCCACAAAAAUAUGACCUCUCAGAGAUAUACGGUUUAUGCCGGAAAGGUACGAAGUUGGACUAAUUUGGAAACAUUGGGCAAUUUGCUUUAUACCUACUAUUCCGUCUGGUUUUUGGUUUCUAGUCUGAUUUUAUUAGUAGCUAUGAUUGGGGCUAUAGUACUUAGUAUGCAUAGGACUACAAAGGUGAAAAGACAGGAUGUACUCUGACGAAAUGCCUUGGAUUCUAGGAGGAAUAUAAUGAACAGGACUAUUUCUCCUUUUGGCCAUAGCCAUAGAAGAAGCUUCUCCUCCAAAGCGGAGGGAGGGGAAUCUCAGGAUUCCUAUGACCCUCCUUAUAUCGCAUUUUUAAGAACUCAUUUAGGGU